AUGGACGACAGAUGGGUGCACAACAAAACCAACACCGCCUACAUUUCGCAACGGAACCUUCUCUCCACGAAUGACGAGUGUACCGUCAUUCGUGGAGAGAAGGUUCCGUCGUACGUCGCUCCUUCUGCACUUGGUCUCCUGCAGAGCAAUCACGUGAAAUUUGAUACGCUCUGCAGCUCCGAGAAGGGCAUGCAGCUAGGCUUCCGAUUCCGAGAAGUCGGAAUGUUGGAUGUGUCGAACUCCUUCUCAGCUUGGGAGACCCUGCCGGAGGACGAACCUCCGCUGUGCAUCGCAGUUCGAUGCCCAGUGUCACCUCACGCCACUCUGAGGCGACAAGUCUGGUACCAAUUUGUCGACCCCGGAGGGAUGAAAGGCUUUGUGGGCACUAUUAGGGUGGGUUUGAUCUUCCGGAAGAAACAUAGGGAACGAAAACAACUGAAAAAAUGCGGGAAAUAUCUAUCCGCUGCCGAAAAUUUUGGCGAAGUGUCCAGCAAACCGCUCGCGGACGAUCCGCAAGCGACUAAAAACCGCGUUGCUCCACCGCGACCGCCGCAACUUGAUCUUGCUUUGUGUGUUGGACAAUCUCUGUGUCGAGGCUCGUGUUGUGUGAUUAGAAAGAAAUUCUCAGCAAGCAAUUUCUGGAAAGACUGUGUAAAGUAUCAAUGCACGGCCUCCCAAUACAUUGGAGAGAUUUGCCGCUACCUACUUGCUCAACCAGUAGUGCCAGAAGAAGCCAUUCACAAUAUGAGGUUGCUGUACGGAAAUGGUCUUCGAGCAGAAAUUUGGCAACCAUUCGUGGAUAGAUUUCGAGUGAAAAUCGGCGAAGUUUAUGGAUCAACAGAGGGGACGUCAAAUCUUGUUAAUAUUGACGGUCACGUGGGAGCGUGUGGCUUCCUGCCCAUCUCACCUUUAACUAAGAAAAUGCAUCCAGUGCGUCUAAUCCGUGUUGACGAUAAAACUGGUGAUGUUAUCCGAUCGCCGUCAGGACUCUGCAUUGCUUGCAACCCAGGUGAGAGCGGUGCGAUGGUGUCGACGAUACGAAAGGACAAUCCAUUGUUGCAGUUUGAAGGAUAUCUCAAUCAAUCAGAAACCAACAAAAAAAUCAUUAGAGACGUAUUCAGCAAAGGAGAUAGCUGUUUUGUUUCUGGUGACCUGCUCCACUGGGAUCGUCUCGGAUACGUGUACUUCAAAGAUCGAACCGGGGAUACUUUCCGAUGGAAAGGUGAGAAUGUGAGCACAACUGAAGUGGAGGCUAUACUUCAUCCAGAAAAAGGCGUCGCAGAUGCCACUGUCUAUGGAGUGUCUGUGCCCGAAAGAGAAGGUCGUGCUGGCAUGGCUGCAGUUGUACGAAAUGGUGAUGACAAGGCUGAUGAUGACGAAUUUGUUGAGAGAAUUGGCGCACGACUAGCUGCCAGUUUGGCACCAUACGCAUUACCACAGUUCAUACGACUUUGCCAGGACGUGGACAGGACAGGUACAUUCAAAUUGGUGAAAACGAACCUUCAACGACUCGGAUAUAAAUUGAAUGUACCCGAGAAUAAAGUGUACAUCUACAACACGAAACUUAGGAACUAUCAACGUCUUAAUGAAGAAAUCCUUGAGAAAUUGGAGCAGGGUUCGUACCCGCUUUGA